CAAACCUUCGUAAUCAAUCCUGAAAUCGCUGCAAUUCAAUAAUUGAAAACCGCCAAAUAAUAAAAGAAAAAAGAAACAACAAAUACUACAAACAAAUAUAUAUUAAAUAAUAAUUCGCUUGAAAUUUCCUGUUCUUUUUUUCACCCAGAAGAACAAUCUCUCUCCCAGAAGAACACCUUCCAUUUUAUUCUGAUUUGAAGCUAAAAACAGAAAACCCCCCCAAAAAAAAAAGGACGAAGAAGAAGGAGGAGGAGGAGGGUAUCCAAUUGAUACAAAAUUACGUGGAAAAGGGUAUUUCGGUUUUUCAAUUUUCAAUUGGAGAUCCCUUCUUCUUCUGCAGAAAUUUUUCACCAUUUCUUUUUGGGAUUUUUUUUGUUUGUAAAAAAACAGAGAGAACCCAAAAGGUCAAUUCCAUUACUGCAUUCAUCGGGCCACUGUCCUGUUGUUGAUGAUAAUAUUGCUAAAGGAGUUAGGAGAUUAAGGAGCUGUGAAUACUUCAUAUUUGGAUUUUAGUUUUAUUGGAAUUGGAAGAUGACGACUGGAAACAUCAAACCAACAAAAGAAAAGAAGUCUAGAAAGAGCAAACCAGUGGUUAAUGAGAAGUCUCCCUUGUUGCCCACCAAACAUGAGGAAGAUGCAGCCGGAUUUGAUGAAUUCAAUGGGGCUUCUUUCAGUGGGGCUGUUUUUAAUUUGUCAACCACUAUUGUUGGUGCUGGUAUAAUGGCCUUGCCAGCCACAAUGAAAGUGUUGGGGCUUAUUCCAGGAAUUGCUCUAAUCAUUUUUACGGCAUUCUUAACCGAUGCUUCAAUUGAGUUAUUACUCAGGUUUAGUCGAAGUUCAAAAUCAGUUUCGUAUGGAGGUCUUAUGGGGGAUACUUUCGGAAAGUAUGGUCGUAUGUUGCUGCAGAUAUGUGUUUUGGUCAACAAUGUAGGCGUGCUUAUUGUAUACAUGAUCAUCAUUGGUGAUGUGCUCUCUGGAACAACAUCAAGUGGUAUUCACCAUCCUGGUGUCCUGGAAGGAUGGUUUGGGGUACAUUGGUGGAAUGGAAGAACUUCAAUUCUCCUUAUCACUACUCUUGCCGUAUUUGCCCCGUUGGCAAGUUUAAAGCGCAUAGAUUCUUUGAAGUUCACAUCUGCAUUAUCCGUUGCAUUAGCUGUAGUCUUUCUGGUAAUCACAGUGGGAAUCACUGUAUUCAAGUUGUUCAGUGGAACUGUUUUGAUGCCUAGACUAUUUCCUGAUGUUCAUGAUCUGGCAUCAUUCUUCAAACUCUUCACUGUGGUGCCUGUUCUUGUCACUGCCUACAUCUGCCAUUACAAUGUUCACUCGAUUGACAAUGAACUUGAAGACAACACUCAGAUAAAAGCAGUUGUUCGGACAUCACUUACUCUUUGUUCAUCUGUAUAUGUGAUGACAAGUCUCUUUGGUUUCCUAUUAUUUGGCGAUGGAACACUCGACGAUGUACUUUCCAACUUCGAUUCAAAUCUUGGAAUUCCUUUUGGCUCUAUGCUGAAUGAUGCAGUCCGUAUAAGCUAUGCCGCUCACCUGAUGCUUGUAUUUCCUAUUGUUUUCUAUCCAUUACGGUUGAAUUUGGAUGGCCUUCUCUUUCCAUCUGCUAGGCCUUUGACUUCAGACAAUGCGAGAUUUGCUCUACUUAGCACCUCUCUUAUUGGUCUCAUCUUCCUCGGCGCAAAUUUCAUUCCCAGCAUCUGGGAUGCAUUCCAGUUCACCGGGGCUACUGCUGCAGUCUGCAUUGGAUUCAUCUUUCCUGCUGCAGUCACUCUAAGGUUAGUCAACUUAAUCUCAAAUCUAAUCUGCCAUCAAUUAUCUUUUUGUCACCUGAAAGAAAGUAGGUUUCAAUUUUCCCUGAAAUGAACCAGUUACUACAGGACAUCACUUUCUGCUUACUAUCAGUUCCUUAUAUUCUAUUAUCUGGAAAUGUUAGAAGGCAAAAUAUAACAUUAAUUGGAAGAGCAUGAGAAAUCCUUAAGAAGACACUUCCAUUUCUUUUCUUUUUUUUUUUUUGUGGGGG